AUGGCCCGCAAAUUCACUCAUCAGCGAGUGAGCUAUGUUCUCCCUCUACCAAAUGCCUCCGGUGGCCACCGCCUCGGCGUCAACGGUCUUGCUGUUGACUCGGACAAUCGCAUCCUAUACUCGGCAGGCCGUGACGGAGUUAUAUGCUCCUGGGAUUUGAACUACCACACCGCUUCGUCUUCGUCGUCUACUAAAGCCGCGCCCCCUCCGACGACUAGAAGAGACCAGGUCCAGGCUCACAGCCACUGGAUCAACGACAUCAUCCUAACUCGAAGUAACUCCGCUAUAGUCUCGGCAUCAUCUGAUACGACCGUCCGCGUUUGGCGGCCGCGAUCUCAAACGAACGAACUUCCAACCUCGAUCGGCCGACAUGCGGAUUACGUCAAGUGCUUGGCGAUCCCGGAUCAGCAUUCGAACUGGGUGGCAUCAGGCGGUCUGGAUCAGAAGGUUUUCCUCUGGGAUCUCGAGGGCAAGGGUGAGAUUUUGAAGAUUGAUACUUGCGGCGAUGAGGCCACUGAGAAGGGCUCUGUGUAUGCGCUGGGGACCGGUGGCUCUGUGUUGGCAAGCGGAGGACCGGAGUCUGUUGUUCGCGUGUGGGAUCCCAAAUCAGGAAAACUAAUCACAAAGUUCGUCGGCCACACUGAUAAUAUCAGAGACAUUUUGAUCAAUCAAGAUGGAGACACGAUUAUGACAGCAUCUUCCGACCAAACCAUCAAGGUGUGGUCGUUGACGGCCGGUCGGUGCUCGCAUACCUUGACUAUGCAUAACGACAGCGUCUGGUCACUUUAUUCAGACCACCCCCAGUUGUCGGUCUUUUACUCCAGUGACAGAUCUGGCCUCGUUGCCAAGACAGACACAAGGAACGUGGCGGAUAUCGAUCAGGGUACAUCCAUUGCAGCUCUCCAAGAACAUGAAGGUGUGAUCAAGGUCGUAGCAGCCUGCGACUCUAUUUGGACAGCAACUCGAAAAUCCAGUAUCAACAGGUGGAGUGAUGUGGAUACUACAGCAGAAAUAGAACUUCCAAACACCGCAGUACGACGUUUCAGUUCAGGGUUACCUGCUGAAUCGCCCCAAGAGACCCCUGCUAUGAACACCAACGAAACGGCAAAGAAAAUUCCACGCAGUUCACUCCUACUCCUCUCGAACAUGUCAAUAAUUCCAGGCCUGGACCCUGAACGAGCUACUAUUUAUUCGUCUGUUAGUGGCCGAAAACCAACGGAGAUUGUCACCAAUGAGGAGCUGGGGGAAUUAACUCCUGUAUAUUCAGCGCCAGAUGAAACCAUUGAAGGCCAACUUGGAUUGAUCAAGCACUUCAUGUUGAACGAUAGAAAGCGUACUUUAACUCAAGAUACGGCUGGUGAGGUGUUGAUGUGGGAUCUUUUAAAGUGUGUUCCAAUUCAGAGUUUUGGGAAGCGUCAUAUAGAUGAUGUUGCCUCCGAGGUCAAUACCGUAGAGACCAUAGCUCACUGGUGUACCCUUGACAUUCGUACCGGACGGCUGUCUGUUAUAUUAGAACCUAAUAGAUGUUUCGAUGCAGAAGUCUACGCCGAUGAGGUAGAGAUUUCGAAUCGCGAAGAGUAUACGCCAGACCAACGGAUAAAUCUUGGAAAAUGGGUCCUUCGCUGGUUAUUCAAGGAUUUGAUUGAAGAGGAGAUCCGACGUGAUGAAACAUAUCGAAAGUCGAUUGCACCAAAGGCAACAGAACUGCAAUCCUCGGGUGGUGUUAAGGCUCCAAACUCCAUUGACUUGCCUCCACUCCAAUUACCGAGAACGCCAGGGUCUCAAGGGUUUCCGGAUCUUACACGCCAAGCCAAUGGAUUGCAAGCAAAUCCUACCACGCCAGGUCUUAACAUAGGUCUCGCAACUCCAGGACCUACUACUAGUGCCUUUGCCUCACCUUUUUCUCCAACCGAAGACCAAGCGUCCAACAUAAGGCCUAGUCACGAAUUUGCGAGGUCACCGUUAUUAGACAAAUCAAAUGACUACUUCUCUAGCAGUCACUAUAUCGAAGCAGAAAAGCCACCGCAAACUGCCACCGAGGAACAGACUCCUACCGCACUCCCCCAGUCACCAUCUGAGCCUGAGAAAGAGGAGAAGAAGAAAGCGUCGCUGUUUGGGAAAAAGUUUAGAAUGGAAUUCCCCAAAAAGCUGGGAAGGACACCCGAAAUGAAAACUCCACUGCCGGAGGAAAAACAAGAAGAGUCUGAUAAAUCGUCUGAGAGAGAAGAAAAGGCAUUUGCAUCAAAUCUCUAUGGCGUGAUUGACCGCAUUCGCCAUGAUUACGAGAUGUUUUUCAUACGCCGUCCGGGGCAAGCUUUGGGCUCCGGAAUAACACCCAGCUCAACAAGCGAAACUCCUGCGCUGGAUAUUCCUCAAGACACUAGUAUCUUGAUUCAAGAAGAAUCGGGGGAUACAGCUGUAGCGGCGGAUCUUUACCGAGGUUUAGUUGGAAGCAUACGCGACGAUAUUGAUAAACUCGAGAAAACUGUUCCGCACUGGCUUGGAGAGUUGUUGCUGAAGAACCAAGCACCGGCUAAAGAAGUGGUGAAGGUGGCUUUCAUUCUAAAGCCGUACGAUGAUCAGUUGCCUCCGGUUACCAAACUCGAAGGCAGUUCGAGACUGAAUGCAAAUCGCAUGCUUCGAGCUAAAAAGAUCCUCACUUACGUAGCUGAGCGAAUCGAUCCACCCAACCCAGCUGAUCCAGACCCAAAUCCCAUGCAACCGGAGGAAUACCUGGAGCUAUAUUGCCAAAACACUCUUGUACCCAUUAACAUGACCUUGGCAACCAUCAAGACCCAUAUUUGGCGAACAGGCGGAGACAUGAUCUUAUUCUAUAAGGCAAACGGUAAAAAGGCGAUUCUUCCUCCAGUACCGGAGGCAAAACCAGCAGAUACUUCCGAAUCUCACUCGCCAAACGAUGACAACAAUAACCAACGUGAUGACCGAUCUGCUUCUGCAACCUCGAAUUCAAUCACAGAGGGUCCUCUCUGA